UUAAAUCUCCUUCAACUGGUGAUGGGAAGACGGCCAAAGAGAGGCCUGCCCCCGCCGUAAUUCAAAAUGUUCAGUCAACAUUCAUGAAGUCCCCUGCAGCCAAUGUCACUAAAACCACGAAAAACAAGCCCACGACAUCUGUCAAUCAAACUGUUGUUGCUAAAUCCUCCCCCACCAGUGAGAUAAAGUCCAAAGACAAGCCUGCCCCCACAAAAGUUCAAACUGUUUUACCGAUGGAGACCCCAGCAAAGGCAGCUGACAAAGAAAAGGUCACAACCUCUGCCAAAGACAUCAAAGAGUCCAGCGCUGUCAGCAAAGAGAAGCCUGCCUCUUCACAGCCAAUCAAAGUGGUUAUCAGUGAGGGCUGCGACUCAAGCAGCACCAAGGAGCAGGAGCUGAAGCUGAAACCUGGCGCUCCACUCGUGAUGACGCAUAAGAUCAGCUUGUUGCCUGGUGGUUGUAGUGGGGAAUGUGAGGCUGAGGUGGCCGACCUGAAAGGACGUGUGGCCCUACUGGAAAGACAGAUGUCCUUUCUAAAAGAGAAAUGUCCGUGCUCUGCAAGUUGUCCAAAUGACUGUAGUGGUAAUGGAGAAUGUGAAAAGGGUAAAUGUAUCUGCCAAAAGGGAUUCAUGGGUCCAGACUGCAGUAAAUGUGCGCUAGGAGCCGAGUGUAGCAAAAAAGCUAUUAAAGUGAGCACCAAGGUAACAGUGGAGACCACGCAGGUGAACAAAGGAAAGGAAAGCACGCAGGAGAAAACCACCAAAGUAGAGCAAACAUCUUUCCAGAAGAAGGGGCAGAAUAAGGGAUCUGAUGCCAAAGAGACUGACACUAAACCCAAAGUAGCCACUAAUGCUAAAGCAGGUAUUGUUAAAACGCAAGCAAAAGAUGGUUUUGUCAAGAAAAUAACUACUAAAGGUUCUUCAAGUCUUGCAAAGACCAAUCGCCCAACUACGAGUCAAGUUCUCCUAAAACACAAUGAAAAAAAGAAGGAGGAGUCUCAAAAAGGCAAAACAACACCCCCAGCCACUGAAAAAGUCCCUCAAAAAACUGAUACCAAGCUGAUUAAGGAGGGGACUGGCAGUAAAAUAUAUUCAAAGUCCCACCAGCUGAAAGAUGAACCACAAAAUAAUGCAACACAAAGCAAUUUGAAGAAAAUCACUGGCUUGUCUAAAACUGUCACAACUCUCUCCAAGGUCACAGGAACAACCAAAACCAGAACAAGCAAGGAAUCUCUGGAGCAGUCCGUGCAGGCUGAAAAGAAUGUAUCUCAGUCAUCUGACCAUAAACAAAUUAAGACAGUUAAAGAGGACAUUCAAACUGUGCAGUCCGUGGACAACAAAAAAACUGAUGUUGCCAAGAUUGGAAAAGGAACACAAAAAAAUUUUGUUAAUGGAACCAUUGGAUCUACAUCAGAUAAGACUAAAGCCCAUCAUAACAAAACAACUCUUCAUGACUCUGGGAUCAGCACCAAGAGGACUGGAGGAUCUGGAUUAGGGUCUGUAAAGGUUGUAAAUAUCUCUUCCUACAGCUUCAUAGUCACGUGGUCAGCACCCCAAGGGAUGUUUAAGAACUUCACCGUGAUAAGAAGAGAGCCACGGAGAGAGGGUGAUGAAGAUGGGCACGAGGAGUUUGAAGAGGAAACACUCACAAGUGAAGUUUUAGUACAGAGUGAGAGCACCAACACAACUGCAUCCUCUGGGAAAGCUGAUGGAUCGAGAGGUAAAGGUGAAACUAAGAUCUCGAUGGUCGUCCCAGGCAAUGUACGUUCUGUGGAAUUCAGUAAUCUGCAUGCAAACACGCCCUACGUCCUGCAUAUACACGGUACCACAGCAGAGAGGAGAUCAAUGAUUCACAGAGUAACUGCAACUACAGGCCCUGAACCAGCCACAGAGAUGGUUUUCAGCAAUGUAACACAGUCUUCUCUCAGUGUUUCCUGGUCCAAACCAAAGACAAUGUUCACAGGCUUCAGGCUCACAUACACCAACAUUUUAACAGGGGAGAGCCGCUUCGUGACCAUUAGUUCUCAGCAGUCUUAUGUCGUCCUGUCCGACUUGUCUGCUGGGUCCACCUACAUAAUCACUGUAACUACGACACAUGGCCGAUUCCAGAGUGAUCCACUUACAUCCAUUAUUACUACAGUGCCUGCCCCUCCAACGCAUCUUCAAGUGGUCAAUGUGACAGACACCAGAGCGCUGCUGCAGUGGACUCCCAGUCUGGGGAAAGUAGACCGCUUCAUCAUCACCUAUGAAUCCUCUAAGAAUCCUAAUGUGACAGUGACCGUGAUGCUGUCAGGAAACUCAGUGGAGCACCAGCUGAGAAGCCUGCAGAGAGGCACCCUCUACAGGGUCAAAGUGCUGAGCCAGAAGGACAAUCUGCAGAGUAUGGCGAUCUCAACUACAUUUACUACUGCAAAUGUGGUCAAAGCCAGUGAAGUCGGUGCUCGAAGUGCAGUUAUAGCUUGGAGAGCUUCCUCUGUCAUUUAUCACAGCUACAGAGUGCUCUAUCAGCUGGCUGGAGAGGAGACAAAGGAGGUGAGCCUGGAGCCCACCAUCACAGAGUAUAAGCUGACUGGACUUUUGCCCAUGUCCCGCUAUUUUGUUGUGGUGCAAGGUGAGAAAGAUGGACAGUAUAUGCCGGUUGUCACCACAGAAUUCAUCACAGGAAAACUGCGUUUCCCUUUCCCUACUGAAUGCUCUCAGGAGCUGCUGAAUGGAGCUCUGCAUUCAGGAGAGGUGGACAUCUACCCUCAAGGAAGAGAAGGGCAAGCAGUGAGAGUCUACUGUGACAUGGAGACUGAUGGAGGCGGAUGGACAGUAUUCCAGAGGAGGAUGAAUGGAAAAACAGAUUUUUUCAGAACAUGGAGUGAAUACAGCACUGGAUUUGGAAACCUGAGUGAAGAGUUCUGGCUUGGAAAUGAGCUCCUGCACAACCUGAUCAGUGUUGGCCCUGUGAGUUUGAGAGUGGACAUGCGAUCUGGAAACGAUACUGCCUACGCUCACUACGCCAACUUCUCUGUCGACCCAGAAGAGAAGCACUUUACACUCACUGUGUCCGGCUACACAGGAACAGCAGGUGACUCUAUGAGGUACCAUAACGGUCGUCCAUUCUCAACCCGAGACAAGGACCCUGAUCCCCUGGGGUUCCACUGUGCCAAGGCCUACAUGGGAGGCUGGUGGUAUAAAAACUGCUACAAGGUCAACCUCAAUGGCCUUUAUGGCGUCAACAGUAAGAAUCAGGGAGUAGUCUGGAUUGACUGGAAAGGUAAAGACUCCUCCAUUCCCUUCACUGAGAUGAAGUUCAGACCCUCCAGGUUCUCCCCUGCAACUCAUGGCUAAGGAUGCAUCAGCCUCCAUGAAAAGCCUGCAUCUGACAGAGAAUUAGAGCUCCAGAAGUCUAAAGAACAGUGGCUCUCACAGUUUCUGCAUGUCUCUUUCCAAAGAAAAUUCCCUAAACUUGUUUUGAUAGCCAUAACUGCAGCUAGCAGGACAUUCAAUUCAAUGUGCAAGUAUUUUUCUGGGCUCUUUUUUUAGUAGACAUAACAACUAAGUUGUCAUGGCGGUUUUAUUGUAACUUUUGUAUACUGUUUUACUGUGUUCUGUCUGACUCAUCCAAUUUACAGUUUUGUUUCGUGCACCACAAUGGUCUACCACCCCACUACUACUGUA